UUGAAGACCUCCAGAAACGUGACAGAACUGAAUAUCCUGUGCAGAUGAAAAACCGCUUUAAAAUCUAAGCAAAUACAUUUCUUCCCCCUUUUCCCCGGGGAGCCACAGUGCGGAUGUUUGGAAAGCAUUUUCCUCAUUGUUCUCCAAGACAUUCCAGCAGCUGCAGUAUCUUUUGCUCCUGAUCUUUUUUUCCUGAGAAUCUCUGUGAAGACAAGUUAUGUCAACAGCUACUUUAAUUAAUUUGGUACGAAAUGGAGGGUAUCAAGUAAGAAGGAGAGCCGUGCUCACAUCCCGCCUCUUGCAAGACGAGAAACGCCCAACGGGCGCCUGCUACGUCUCCAGCUCUGAGCGCCAUGUUUCCCGCUUCGAUCCGGACGGGAGCGGGCGGCCGACCACAUGGGACACCUUUGGCAUCUGGGACAAUCGCAUUGAUGAGCCUAUUCUCCUCCCACCAAGCAUAAAGUAUGGGAAGCCGAUUCCUAAAGUGAGCCUGACCAACGUGGGCUGCGCGAGCCACAUCGGGAAGCGCAAGGAGAAUGAAGACCGGUUCGAUUAUUCUCAGCUGACGGAGGAUAUCCUGUACUUUGCAGUAUACGAUGGACAUGGUGGGGCAGCAGCAGCUGACUUCUGUGAUAAGUACAUGGAAAAAUAUAUUAAGGAAUUUCUUGCUGAGGAGGAGAACUUGGAGAAUGUUUUGAGCAAAGCUUUUCUAGAAAUAAACAAAGCCUAUGAAAGGCAUGCUAAUCUCUCUGCUGAUGCAACUCUGCUGAACUCUGGGACCACUGCAACAGUGGCUCUGCUCCGGGAUGGCAUUGAGCUGGUGGUGGCAAGUGUGGGAGACAGUCGUGCUCUGCUGUGCCGAAAGGGAAAGGCCAUGAAACUCACCAUUGACCAUACUCCAGAAAGAAAGGAGGAGAAGGAAAGGAUUAAGAAGUGCGGUGGCUUCGUUUCCUGGAACAGUCUGGGACGACCUCACGUGAAUGGUAGACUUGCAAUGACGCGGAGCAUAGGAGAUUUGGAUCUUAAAAGCAGUGGUGUGAUAGCCCAGCCAGAAACAAAAAGGGUUCAGUUGCAUCACGCAGACGACAGCUUUCUGGUCCUUACCACAGAUGGGAUUAACUUCAUAGUGAACAGCCAGGAGAUCUGCGACUCCAUAAGCCAGUGCCAUGAUCCUGCUGAAGCUGCCCACGUUGUCACUGAGCAGGCAGUGCAGUUUGGCACUGAAGACAACUGCACAGUUAUCAUAGUGCCCUUUGGAGCUUGGGGCAAGUACAAGAACGGCGAGGUCAGCUUCUCCUUCAGCCGCAGCUUCGCUUCCAGCGGGAGGUGGGCCUGAAGAUCUGCCACAGCCAUCUUUCCCUGCCAUCAUCUGGACACAAGGAGAACAUAUCCAUCUGUUCAUAGGCUGACUCAGUGUCUUGUCCAUCUCUUCUGUUCCCAGUGUUUAGAAGGUGCCACUGCUCCCUUGGUGCGUAACGCCCCGUUGUUGCUUACGGCUGACUCUGUUCUGCUGCCUGCCUUUAUUCCAGUUGGCACUGAGGCAGCCGUUUGGGAUUGUAGUCCCAGCAGCUCUGCACAUCACUUUGUUCACAUAGACGAGGCUCUGGGCUUUCACCUGAGGCUGCUGGAGGGGUUGCACAGUUGUUCCAUACCUACCUGUAUUCCCCAGGACCCUUAGUGACGUGGCAGCUCUGUAAGUCUGAGCCACAUGCUGGCUCCCUUGUACGUUAAUACGUGGGGGAACAAACGCACAAUGUUGUUGGGUAGACAGAAAGAGGGCUUGUUGUCUUCCUCUGCUGCAGCCACCCAAAACUCCCCUGUGCUUCAGGAGAAGUGGGUGAAAAAUAAGGCAGAAGUUUCAGAAGUGUUUAGGUUCUGAUGCCAGUGGCAUUCAGUGUAGCUGUACAACUUCUGAGACAGUGCUGCUUUGCAGGGCUUUAUGCUCUCACCGCCAUCAUCCAUGAUCCUCUAGCUCCAAGGAGACAGACUAGGCUGGAGCCACGUGCUGUUGGACAGAUGGGAACCUUUCUCCAUUGGGUCCAAAGCCUGUACAGUCUCUGUGGACCAUGCAGCAGUCUCCUGCACUGUCUUCUUUUUGCUGUGUCAGUGCUUCACAGGAGCACAAAAGAGGGAAAAAGACACACAGUUUUGAUACCCAGAGACUCUCAGCAACUUGAAUUUUUCUUUUUUUUUUUUUUAAAUAAAGAAAAUAAGCUAAUUUCAAAGAGUUUACUCUUCAAGAUUUGAUGUGUAAGACAGUUUAUUUCUUCAUAAAUACAUGAAGAUUUUCGUGCCCUCUGCUGAAGUUGUCUGAGUAAGCUGUGAUCUCCCUUGUCUCUUUAUGGUAUAUAGGGAGAUGUAAAAUGUCCCAAGCAGGCUAGAGAAAGGAGAGAGCGUAACUUAAGGUAAUUUUUGUAAGUUUUGGGUAUUGUUUCUAGGAGGUGUCAGAUAUUCAGACACUACAAGAUAGUUUUAUACUUGAAGGAAGUGUUUCCACUUCUCUUGUUGGGGGGAGUCUGUGUCCAGCGAGGCAUGGGGGGACCAGAGCUCUGAGCCAGCUCAUUUCGCUGCUGUGACAUGGACUGCAUGUUGGCAGCAGGUGAAGAUCUGUCCCAGCAUGUCUUGUUGUCUUGUUCAGACCACCUCCUUCCUUCUUUUCACAUCAGGUGUGCAGGUCCUGUGGCCUCCAGGUCACCCUGUUGCAAUGAAAUAUGGGCAGAGAAAAAUUGGUCUUUUUUCAGGCUUGCUGCAGUAUUUCUCAUUCUACAGAUGUUUCCAUCUGCACAAUUGUAAAAUCAAGAGGCAAAAGAUACUAAGUCACCUUGCAAAAAAAAUUUCUGAGGUGCCUGCCCUGAUCUUCAUUUUACAGUGUGAAGCACUUAUCUUCAUUACUUUUAUCCCUUUCCUUUUAAUCCAGGGUUACUUAGUCACAUAGGCAGUCAUUCCACACAUUUUUCCUUGCCUCUGGUUGAAGACCUUGCAGCACCCAGCAGAGCACCAUGUUGUACUGACAUCAUUAGGUACUCGGUGUUUGGAGUGUGCUGGUUUUGUCCCAUCACUUGGUGUGUUACAUGGUGUGUAUAAUGUAUAUAUUCAGUUAUAAGCACAGAGGGCUUGUGAGUCUGUGUGUAUAAAUCUCUGUUGUACGGUGCCCAGGCCUCUGUAAUGAGUAGUCCACUGCUGUACAAUCAUAAUUCCUUCUUUGUCCUCAGAUUUUCCCCAGGGCUGUGGUUUGGUGUUUGCCUGGGGUCAGAAUGGUUGCUGACCCUGGGCUCAGCCUGGCUUACCUGAGGCUGGGACGGCACUUUUAGUUGGGACCAGCAAGAGCAGGUUCUCAGUCUGCAGCAAGUUUGAAAAUUCCCACAACCCAUUUGUGGCAAAAAUAGCAAAACACAGCCUCUCCCAAGCACUUGAGGAGACAUUGCACCUGACAGGUUCAGAGAGCUGCUCUGGUUUGUGCUGCAGCAGGAACACCUGACAGUCUUCCUCCUGCCAAAGUGUCCUGCUAAAACAGCAAGUCUGGUAGUUCCUAGCAAAGGGUUAACCACAGCCAGCAGCAGUUACUCCAGGCACAGGGAAGGGUUGGAGUCAGUCUCUGGAGAGGGAGUUGUUGUGGGGGUGGCUUUGCUAUCAAAUGUCGGACCCACUUGAGGGGCACUGCAGGGCUUUGGACAAGCUCCAUAGACACUGUCCUGUUCUAAAUGCUGCUCCUUUCAGUUUGGGCAGCUAGCCAUCUAUCCAGACAGGAGAUACCAAGGGCUUGGGGGUGUUCGUGACAAGUAAACACAGGUUUAAUUUUUUUUAUGAGCAGUGCUGGGUACUUGCCAAGCUGAAUACGUGGUAUUAAAUGCAGACUGCUAAUGAAAAACACUGCAAACGAGGAGCAGGUGCUCUGAGGAGUGACCUGGCAGCUAAAACAGCUUCUAAACAUUGACCCAGAUGUAACAUGAAGUGAGAGUUUUCCUUCUCACUGGAGAUUUCUGGGGCUUUUUUUUUUUUCUUUGCUUUAUCCCUGUGUGGUUGUCUGAUUGCAUAGAGAAUAAAAGCAGUUGGGGGCUUUUAUUCCUCCUAAUAGAGUGGCUGUCCUCUCAGAAGAGGGUCCAUCCAUAACUUCUUUUGAAUUUUAUAAAGGGAUAAGGCAAAUUCUGUGAAAUAGAUGAUUAGAUAAAGAUGUAUUGGUGGUUGCUAUUACUGCUUUUGUACAAUCACAGAAACACUUAGAUUGGGAAGGACUCCUGGGCAUUAUCUCCCCUCCUGUCUUUACCAGUCCAUUAUUUUGGGUGGCCCCUUAACAGCUCUGUUCCCUCUCAGGUCACAUACACGGGCUCCCAGCUCACUACCAUCCCACUUCCUCAUGCUCCCCUGGUCACGUGGGAAGAGCCAGGGUGCACCAUGCAGUAUGUGCCUGGGGCAGGAGAGGACUGGGGCACCCCUGAUAGCCAAGGGGCCCAUAGGGAUGAGGAGGUAGAGAAAUCAGCUUCAAAGUUUUGGACCCAAGAAGACACUGUCUCCAUAGCUGGUGUAUCCGUACCCAGGCAGCCCAUUGCUGCCAAGCUGUUACGAUGCUGGGACACGUCGAAUCGCUGUCCUCCACAUGGCCUGUGUGCACAGGACAUCCUCUGGAUCUUUGGAGACCUCAUCUUCCUGCAGAUCACUGUAGAUGGCUCCCAGCACUGCUGAUUCUCUCAGGUAAUGGAUGCCUUCAUCUCUGUCAGUCCCCUCUGCAGGGGAGCUCACAAGACCAUCCUCACACUUGGGAAGAGCCAUCUCCAGGGACUGCAAAUUGCUGCCUCUUUUCCAAUUCCUCUCUCAAUUCCCCAGUUCCUAGGAAGGGAUUCCAGCUGUUGGGCUUCCUUACUUUCCAGUUGCUCACUGUCAGUCCUGUUAUCCCAGCCAACUAUUGGAUGAGCCAGGCAGCAAUCUGCUCACCUGGAGUCCUGCAAUCUUCCCACAUGUCUCAAAGCUCCGAUGGGGUCAGUGACAGGGUAGUUUCUGCUUCUUGUCUGAAUUCACUCACUCCUUCCUCCAAUUUAUUUGUUGGAGGACCGGCAUCUUGAUCAAACCUUUCCCCUUCUUCCUCCUUCCUUCCUAAUUGAUGAUACGGACCUGCUUUUUUCCUUGACCACAGUUUCUUUUGCACUCCUGGGGCAAUUCCUGUAGUUGCUGCUGUUGUUUGGGUCCUGCCUCAACCACAGCCCCCUGAGAGCACUGAACUGUGGCUCCAUAGGCACAGGCCAGGCCCCAGUACAGGGUGAGGGGCUGCUGGUUUUCACUGGGGUAAGGCCAGGCGCCCUUCCAUCAGGUGACACAUCAGUUUUCCAGGGUUGCUUGCCUAUUCAGGUGCAAAGUCCCAGGCUAUGGGAGGUGAUAUCUGUCUUAGGAACCUGCCCAAAUCCUUCCCCACACCCUGCCACCCAGGGAAUGCCACCUCAGGGCGCAUUUCAGUAUUGCCUCACCCAAACCCUUCUCUUACACCAAGAUGACACCGGAUUCCACCAACCCACAACACACCACCACUGUUGGUUAGUACUGUUCACAGCUCACGUAGGCGUGAACAAGAACCUCUGGAACCUGCACAGUCAUCCACAUCAGUCCCAAGUAGGGAGAGGGAGAUGAAUUCCCUCAUCCUCUUACGGAGAUGAGACAGCUCCCACGGAACAGCAAGGCCAUCAAUGCCAGGGACAAAGCCCAGAGCCAUUGUUUGUACUAAUGUGUUCCCAAGUUCAGCAAAAUAAAGAGGUAAGCAGUGCAGCCAACACACUCCAUGACUACUCACACAGGAGCUUCCCACUUAGUAACUGCUGUAGCUGUAGCACACUGGAAACAAAGCUGCCCUUGUCUCGUGCCUCACAUCGGUGCCAAAAAGGACCGUGGAGAGUUGACCUUGUCUGGACAUCAGGAGCCCACCAAGCUGCUCUAUCAGUCCCCUUCUCAGCAGGAUAGGGUGGGGGGAGGAAAUAAAAAGGAAAAAAACCCACAUUGGCCAAGACCAAAGGUAUUUUAAUAAAGUGGAUUAAAUAAAGA